GUUGCUUGGCGUCGGGUCUGAGGGGGUUUGGAGGAGGCUGCGGCUGCGGCUGCAGCAGGCGUCAGAGAGUCCAGAGGAGAGAAGGCGCCAUGGACGACCAGGGCUGCCCCCGCUGUAAGACCACCAAGUACCGGAACCCCUCCUUGAAGCUGAUGGUGAACGUGUGCGGACACACUCUGUGUGAAAGUUGUGUGGAUUUACUGUUUGUGAGGGGAGCUGGAAACUGUCCUGAGUGUGCCACUCCGCUUAGAAAGAGCAACUUCAGGGUACAACUCUUUGAAGAUCCUACUGUUGACAAGGAGGUUGAGAUUCGGAAAAAAGUGCUCAAGAUAUACAAUAAAAGAGAAGAAGACUUUCCUAGUCUAAGAGAAUAUAAUGAUUUCCUGGAAGAAGUGGAAGAAAUUGUUUUCAACUUGACCAACAAUGUGGAUUUGGACAACACCAAAAAGAAGAUGGAGAUAUACCAAAAGGAAAACAAAGAUGUCAUUCAGAAAAAUAAGUUAAAGCUGACUCGGGAACAGGAGGAAUUGGAAGAAGCUUUGGAGAUAGAAAGACAGGAAAGUGAACAAAGAAGACUAUUUAUACAAAAAGAAGAACAACUACAGCAGAUUCUGAAAAGGAAGAAUAAGCAGGCCUUUUUAGAUGAACUGGAGAGUUCUGAUCUCCCUGUUGCUCUCCUUUUGGCUCAGCAUAAAGACAGAUCUACCCAAUUGGAAAUGCCACUUGAGAAAACUAAACCUGUAAAACCAGUGACGUUUUCCACAGGUAUCAAAAUGGGUCAACAUAUUUCAUUAGCACCUAUUCAAAAGCUUGAAGAAGCUCUGUAUGAAUACCAACCACUCCAAAUAGAGACAUGUGGACCACAAGUUCCUGAGCUUGAGAUGCUAGGAAGACUUGGACGGGGAUUGUAUGUUCUUUUGAGGAAGACCACGGACAUAAAGUGCCAUUUUUUCACUUCAUAUCAAAGGUAUUUAAACCAUGUCAGAGCUGCCUCUCCACAGGACCUUGCUGGAGGCUAUACUUCUUCUCUUGCUUGUCACCGAGCACUACAGGAUGCAUUCAGUGGGCUUUUCUGGCAGCCCAGUUAACCUUUAUUUCUCCUUUAUAAGAUUUGGACCUUGGAGCUGAACCAGGGAGCUAGCAAAAGUAAAGCAGACUUGUAAAAUUAUAGCCAUAUGCAGCUGCACAACAACAGUACUACCACUAGCAGCUGUGUUAAAGUAUUUAUAAAGAGAAGAUUUCAGAACUAAGCUGAGUAAUAUAGUGGAUAAAUAUUUGUGAAAAAGAUUAAUUUUUUACUUAUAUUUUUCUGAGAGGGAUUGAAGCUGUAAGCCUCAUCUGAUGGAAGAUAUGAGUAAUUCACCUAUGUAUGUAUGAGGUUGAAAGACUUGUAAAAUCUUUUUAAAAAUAAAGCUAGACUUUAUAUUAAGUUUUGUGGUUUUUCUUU